AUGGCUGUUAUUGUGUGUAAAUUUCUAAAAGAGAUUCAUUUGAUUUUGUGUAACAAAUUCACAAUGGAAGUUAUGAAGGAUUACGAGAAUGCAGAUACUAUCAGUGUUGACACCCUAGCUUUAGAACAAAUGGUGAUACAAGAGAGGUCUACAGAAAUAACACAGCUGCAGGCUUUAAGUAAAAAAGCAAGGUUUCUUCACUCAGAUCUACUAUACUAUCGAAAUGCUAAAACUGCGACUGGCAAAGCUUGCUAUAACGUAUGGAAAGUUUUGAUUAAAAGAGUUGGCGGCACUCCAAAUGGUUGGCUGGAUCUUGGUUACACCUUGGGUAUUUCACAAGACGACUUAAAUUAUAUCAAGCAUUCAGUACGAGAAGAUCCUGUUGACAUGGUGUUGAGAGUGUUUAGACAGGAUGAAAGUGCAACAAUAGACAAGAUACUAGAUGCUUUUGUUACUCUCAAACGCUAUGACAUUCUUAAAGCCAUUGAAGAACCACUAUGUGAGAUAACGCAAUUCUUCAACAAGGAUGACAGUGGUUACCAUAGCAAUGGAGAAAGCGCUGGACAGAGAGAAAUUAUUUGCCCAAAGAAUGUUCCUAAUCACUUACCACCAGCUUUAAAUAAAAAAAUUGUCAUUAAAGAUCAAAAAGAUCCUAAAAAACCUAAACAACCAUUACUGAGACCACCUGUUACCCCAAAAGAGGUUGUAGUUAAUGAAAGUCCAAUACUAUUUUUAACUUAUACAUAUGAUGGAUUACCAACAGCAAUAAAUAUACAAGAAUAUGUUGAAAAUUGGACAGAUAUACCUAAUGUUAGGGUCAUUACUUUGAAUAGUAGAAAAGAUGAUUUGUACCAGAAUCCUGAAAAAUUUAUUAGAGAAUAUUUUGAGAAAGCUAACCUCAUAAUACCCAUCAUUACAACUGGGUAUUUAGAUGAAAUCAAAUCACAUGAUCCUAUUGCAUCAAAUACUACAGACAACUUAGAUCACAAAUAUGUCAACUUUAUUUAUAAUCUAAUAGUAAACAAUUAUAUUUAUGCUACAGGCUGCUUAAAUAAAAAAGUAAGGAGUGUCAUGCCUCAGAAUGCCAGUUUAGAUUUAUUCAAUCGGCUAAGCAUGUAUCCAGAUUUGAUGCCUUGGACAUAUGAAAUGAAUUUUGAUGAACAAUUCCAAGUAUUCUUAAAAAUGGAUAAUUCAUCUUGA